AUGGGCUGGCUUUGGAACUCCUCGUCCUCCAAAAAGGACGAGUCUCAACCUACUCAACCUCCACCUGCACCUGCACCUUCAACACAAGGCAACCUACCAACACCACCACAGCAACAACCACAAAAGCUCAGUCGGGAAGAGCAAGCAGACGCCGAAUUCGCCGAGUUAUGGCAGAGCCUGAAAAAUGAUAUCAGCCAGACUGAACCGCAACAACCCUCAGCAACGUCCACACAAUCCCCCGCAUCCAAUACUCAAUCUACUCCCGGAUCUAUAGCUCCCGAAUCCCUCUACCCCGAUACCAUGUCCUGUCGCUCGGCGUUUGAUUACGCUUUCUUCUGCCAGUCGUUAGGCGGUCAGUUUGUCAAUGUUUAUCGAUAUGGUGAGCUGCGGUCAUGCAGUGAGCACUGGGAGAAUUUCUGGCUGUGUAUGAAGACAAGGACAUUUGGCGACAACGAGAAGAGGCGCGUAAUUCGAGAGCACAAUCGGAGAAAGGCUAUCAAGUAUAAGACUGGGCCAAGUAGUGAGGACGUGUGGGAAGUACGAAUGGAACCGGUCAAGAGUGCCUUUCAGGGAGACUUUGCGGCUUUGGAGAGGGAAAUGGAGGCAGAG